CGGCCUACACUUUGUCAGUGGAUGACCGUUAAAAGGGGACAGACCGGAGACGCCUAUGUACCAAUUGUUCUCAUGAUAGAGGCCAUUGGUAGUUGGAAUUGCGAUACAAGAUUUGGCCAUUUUGUUGGAAUCGUAUUAUCAUAAAGACGUCGAUGAUGGGUGUUCUGGGCGCUGGAGGACACCUUCGCGCAUAUUUCUCGCCAGCUUGCGCAGAGUGGACGUCAGGUUAUAUCGUCUGUCAAUCGGCUAUAUCCGCAAGAAUUGUCCCUCCUUGUCGGUACCGUGCAUCAGAGGUUCAGAAUUACCUUUGGCAGUACAGAAAUUGUCCUAUAGGAGCGGUCAGCGAUGUUUUUGGCUUCUCAAGCAAACCACAACCGCACUCCCACUUGGACAUCGUGCGAGCAAAACGUAUCAUCAUUUCGUUCCCCUGGCUCACCAGCUUACUUGUGUUCAACGGCCAUAUCCAUAGCAUCUGGGUGAUUGCCGUGAUCAUGUCCCAGGGCAGAGCGCACAAUGACGAGUCAUACAAUCAGCCCAUAUCCCUCUCCAACAUGCUUCAAAUAAUAGCAAGUCUGGGUAUCGG